AUGGACAACCAUUUGGGAGAGCAAGUUUCUGAAAUUCUUAGGGUUCAUGUGGAAUCCGCUGUCGUGGAUGAUGGAGGCGGCGGCUAUCAUGGCCAUCGUCCUCGUGAACGGAGGGACUUCUACAAUUGGAACAAGGUCAAGGUUCGCUACUGUGAUGGUUCAUCAUUUACGGGAGAUGUAAAGAGAGUAAAUCCUAAUAGAGGGUCAGGUGCAACAGUGCGGGUAUUCCAACAUAACAAUCCCUCUCACUUGGAAGAGGUGUUAAGAGAGCAGAUAGCUGAGGGACAGCCUCGAACGCAUAGACCCUGGAAGAAAAUCAUCGUUAUCGUUGAGGGCAUUUACAGCAUGGAAGGAGAGCUAUGCAAACUUCCUGAGAUCAUAGCUGUGUGCAAGAAAUAUAAGAAUAUGUGGAACUUGAUUAUUUACACAUACUUGGAUGAAGCCCACAGUAUUGGUGCAGUUGGAAAAUCAGGAAGAGGUGUUUGUGAGCUCCUAGGAGUGGAUCCUGCUGAUGUAGAUAUUAUGAUGGGAACAUUUACAAAAUCAUUUGGAUCUUGUGGAGGUUAUACUGCAGCAUCAAAGGAAAUCAUCCAAUAUCUGAAGUACACUUGCCCUGCACAUCUUUAUGCAACUUCCAUGUCACCACCUGCUGUGCAACAGGUUAUAUCUGCAAUUAAAAUUAUUCUUGGAGAAGAUGGGUCUAACAGAGGGGCCCAGAAACUUGCACGCAUUCGUGAGAAUAGCAAUUUCUUCAGAUCAGAACUUCAGAAAAUGGGUUUUGAGGUUCUUGGGGAUAAUGACUCACCAGUUAUGCCUAUAAUGCUUUACAACCCAGCAAAAAUCCCAGCCUUCUCUAGGGAGUGUCUCAGGCAGAAUGUAAGUAUGACAUCUUAUUUAAAUUCCCUAUUAUGUUUCAGGACACAAUUUCUAAAUGCACUGGCUGGAUUUGGGAGCUCUUCUUCUACAGGCAUGUUCAUAAAUUCUUGUUAUGCCCACUGCCAGUCAGAAAUGCAAGAGACAUGGCUAAGUUCUAAUUCUCCUGUGCUUGAGAAGAUUAUCGACGUUUUGCCUGAAUGA